AUCGUUGCUGCAAUAUCAUCAAUUGAAUGUAUCUUCAAAUCACCAUGUUGCCGAUUAUUGGUAUGCGCUACCAUUUUGAUGGAAUUAUGUCAUACAUAUCUUGGUUACAGGGCUUAGGCAUUCUUCACUCUGAGAGGAAAUGCGAAAAGUGUGACAGAGAAAUGAAUAUUUCACCUCGAGCAUGCAUCGACACUGUAGCCUGGAGGUGCACCAAGUGCAAAUGCACUGUUAGCAUAAGAACUGGGGCAUUCCUGGAGAGGGUCAAGAUUUCUAUAGACAUGUGGCUUGCAAUAGUAUAUAUGAGUGGGCUAUGGAGUCUCCAAUCACCGAUGUUGUAGAACGGACUCAACAGAAUAAGAAGAAGGUUAUUCAGCACUAUCAUUUGUUAAGGAACAUCUGUUCCCGGCAGCUACUGACAGUCCCAGACACCAGUAUUCUUGUUGAAGGACCGGCUAAGCUUAAGUUCAAGAAAAUUAGAGGUUGUAAGAAAGAAUGGCUUUCCGAGUAUUUAGAUGAGUUUAUGUGGAGAGAGAAGUACGGGACGAAAGAGAUGUUGUGUUCAACAACAUUUUACCUCAUGUUGCACAGGUAUAUAAGUUGUAAACCGAUUCCGAUUGUCAGGGAUAAUUAUGUAGUUAAGUCAUGUAUACUAGAUUCCGAUCGUAAAGCCUUAUAUGUUAAGAUGUACAUUUAGAUUCAGAUUAUAAUGCCUUAGUUAAGAUGACAUUUAGAUUCUGAUUGUAAAGCCUUAUAUGUAGUUAAGAUGUAUAUUAGUGUCGAUUGUUAGGCCGUAGUUAAGAUCUACUAUAAUUAAGCUAAGAUUAUUAGGCCUGGCAUUAUGUACGGUAGUUAAGAUGUAUAUUAGAUUCCAAUUGUUAGGCCUCAUAUUAGCUAAGUUGUAAUUAAAUCAGAUUCCGGUUGUUAGGCCUUAUAUAGGCCUAGUUAAGCUAUUAUAUUCCAGGGGCGUCGGAAGCUAUUUUUAUUGGUCCGGCCAAAUAUACAUAAUCAUUGCAUAAUCAUGACUUCUUUUCAUUAGUUUUGUCUUUGUCUAUAGCUCAAAACACGCACUAUUCUAUCAUAUCAAUCAUAAGUAUAAGUACAACAAUAAGUAUCUAAUCAAAAUUGCUGAUUUUCCCUGGCGUUUGUCCUACCACCCUGACCGACCGGGACUGUUGUAGGGCCUGAGUAGAACCCCUGUAGAAACGUACAGUACCUUAUUCUAAUAUUGACCCUCUGCGCCCAAGUUGGUG